UGCGUGGACAUCACACGUUGAGUGUUCAUUUGAAAUAGUGGUAGUUGUUUAAUAUUGCCGUAGUUUAUUGGACCGAUCCGUCCUGUUAGAACUGGGAAGUUUUUCCACAUUUAAUUGCGGUUACUAAGAAAACAAUCGAAUAUUAUUAAACAAUUGGCAUAUUAUUGGGAUCUAAGAUUUCUUAUAAUAAUUUUAGCUUUAAUUGUUAUGGCAGGUAUUUCUAAAAAAAACGUGCACGAGAUCUUUCAGACGAUGGAAUAUGGAGCAUCCAGCACGAGCACUGCAGUUGCACAGUCAUGGCUGGAGAAGCAUUUCCGCACUCUUGGCUUCUUCAUUGAAGGGAGAUUUUCCUGCCCUGCAGAUAGGCAGACACUGAAUGUGACUGAUUCCAAAGCUGAGGUGGUCUGCAGCAUUGUUUGUGCUAAAGAUGAGGAUGUGGCAUCUGCUGCCUCCUCUGCAGCUAGAGGCUUCAAGACCUGGAGUGAACUGAGCUGUUACAAACGGGCCAAAGUAUUACUCCGGUUGGCGAGUGUGCUGCAAAGACACAGUCAGUGUGUAUCUCAGCUUUGUGAGCUCUCUCAGUCUUCCACCUCUCCUUCGGGGCUGAUUAGACUGGCCCAGUACUAUGCCAGCUGGGCUCAACUACGAGUAUCACUUAUGCCUGAAUGGACUCCACAAGGUGUUGUGGCAGUGGCUGUUUCAGAUGACUGCUCUGUCUACUCUCUUUUGUUAAAGGUUUUACCAGCUAUAGCUAUGGGCAAUGCUGUUAUGGUUGUACCUGGCAAGACAACCACUCUUCCUGCCCUUCUGUUGGCUCAGCUGUUUAUGGAGGCAGGAUUUCCUGCUGGAGUGUUGAAUGUGGUGACGGGCAGUGAAGCAUCACUAGGUGCCAAAGUGGCUCAAAAUCCACAUGUGAACUAUCUGACCUACAGUGGAUGUAAACCGACUGGAGAGGCAAUGGCUAAAGCAAUGGCUGGCUGGGGAGUACCCAUGUCUUUCUCUCUUUCACUCAGCUCUGUGUGCCCUUUUAUUAUCUUUGAAUCGGCAGACCUCGACAGUGCCGUGGAUGGAGUGAUAGAGGUGGCCUUCAAAAAAAAGAGAGAUUUUCAGUGGGUGUUGUAUGUACAGGAAUCGGUGUGGGACAGUGUUGUAGCCAAGCUGAAGAUGAGAGUGGCUGGGAUGAAUUGUGUAUCUCUUGCAACCGAGAAGGACAGGAACCUUAUAGAUGCUGCAGUUCAAGAGGCUCAACAGCAGGGGGCAACGCUGAUCCAGUCGUGUGCACCUCCCUCUACCAGUGGUUUCUACCCCCCUACUGUACUAUGUGGUCUGGCUCCCUCCUGUGCCUCUGUGAUUACACCUCCUCCUGGCCCUUUGCUGCCCCUCAUAUCCUUCAGAAGUUCUGCUGAAGGAGUUACUCUUGGAAACCACAGCCCUCAUGGUCAAGCUGCCUCUAUCUGGACUGAAGACUUGACUCUGGCUUUGGAGUCUGCAAAGAGUCUGUGUGUAGGCUCAGUGUGGGUGAACUGUCAUUCUGUCAUGGAUCCUGCACUACCUCUCUGUGGACGGAGGGAGAGUGGGAACUGCACUGAUGGAGGCAGAGAGGGGCUGUAUCAGUUCCUGCGGCCCUCUCUGUCACCCUCCCUCCCAAGCUCUUCUCCCAGCUCUAUCAACUAUGCUGAUUUUGGCUCUGUUGCAUCCAAAUUCUUGAUACCUGAAGGAUACGAUCCUUCCAAUGUCCCUCGCUUUUACUCCCAGUUAGUGGGUGGUCAGUUGCGUACAGCUGACUCUGGCUGCAGUAGGUCAGUGUUGGCUCCUGGGGGUGCUGUACUGGCUCACUGCCCAGAUGGAGGCAGGAAGGAUGUCCGUAAUGCAGUAGAGGCAGCCAUUAAGGUCCAGCCUGGGUGGAUGAAGAAGAGCCCUGCUUCACGCUCUCAGUCCCUUUACUCACUUGCUGACAGUCUUGAGAAAAGGAGACAGGACAUGACUAUAUCAAUCCAGACUCAAACUGGCAUCUCAUUUGAAGAGGCAGACAGAGAGGUGGAGCUGAGCAUCUCAAAGCUCUCUGAUUGGGCUGCACACUGUGAUAAAGAGCACGGAGGAAUUCCAUUUCUGCCCCAGUCUGGCUCUGCCCUGUUGACUCCUGAGGCUUUAGGAGUGGUGGGUGUGAUUCUCCCCAGCUACAAACCGCUCCUCUCUUUGGUGUCUCUGCUUGGGGCAGCUGUUGCCAUGGGUAAUGCUGUUGUCAUGGUGCCAAGUGAAAAAUACCCUCUUCCAUCUCUUGAGUUCAUUCAGGUCCUGCAGGCCUCAGAUAUCCCAGGUGGUCUGGUCAGUAUAAUAACAGGAGGCAGGGAUCAGCUGACCCAGGCACUUGCUAACCACAGUGUGAUUCAAAGCAUUUGGUAUUGGGGAAGUAAGGAGGGCUGUCAGUUCCUUCAAUACUCUUGUGUCAGUCCUCUUAAACGUCUGUGGCUUCACUGUGAAGAGGAGGAGAGUGAAGGAGGCAGAGACUGGACCUGCUCAAAUCCCUCUCUUCAAGAAGAGCUUUGGAGAAAGGCUGUGGUCUGGAAGAUUGUAUGGAUACCCACUGCAUAAAAUCACUUAAUCAGUUAAGGGAGAAAAGAUGUAAUUUCCCAAGUGUUCCAGGGGGUGGUAGUAGAUUCUGGAAAACUUUUGCAUAAGGCCUAUAGCGAAUUACUGGGAGGAACAUUUGGACAGUGUGUAACAUUUGUUUCACUUUCACAUGGUCACAUGUAAAAUAAGGAAGAUGAGGUUUCUUUUGAUGUUCACCAUGACGGAGACUGAUUUAGAUGUGGUUGUAGUCUGACAAAUUAAAGAAUUAGUAUUACCCAGGUCUUGUAUUUUUUCCUAAUAUAACAAUCAGGAUUUAUCAAAAAUAAAUUUGUUUAAUUCACUAUAUGUUGAAAUAUUGCUGGGAAUUUCAGUUCAUGGAUAUCGGUGGAAAGUAUCUCUUUUAACAUUGAUAUGAAUGUUUAAAUGACUUUAGGUCUAAAAUUGAUUAACUGUAAUGAAAUUAUUAUAUUGCUUUAUUUCUGUUAAUUGAUACAGCCUUAUAUGUUUGGUGUUAUUAAACGGAAGGUAGCAUAGUCACUUCAUACUGUAAAAGACAUCUAUUCUCAGAACCACACAAAAAACAAAGCAUUUUAUAUUGUGAAAAAUACUGAUAACUUCAUUUAUUAUAUCAACUUCAUUUUAGAGCAUAUGAAUUGUACUGACAUCAAUGCAGUUUACAAUAACUAAGUUGAAAUGAGGAUUCCACAACCUUUCAAGUUCAAGCUUCAAGCUAAAGGGCUGAAAUGUACUCAUGUCUUACAUAACAGGAAAUAAAUGUGAAAAUGCUGAGUCACAGUGACACAGUUCUUCACGUCAGCUCUUGUAAAUUUUACUUAUUGUGGCUGACACAGGCUGAGGUAUCAUGUGCAAUUUUGGUACAUAAAUGAUUAGUCACUAUCACCUGUCCAGUAAUCUUUGUAUCCACAGUUACCAGGUAGAGCCAUUCUCCAUAGCUGAAUAGCACGUUUUUGCUGAAUUGUCCCAUGAUAUUUUCCAGACAAAAGAUUAUAAUAUGUUACAUAUGAAAUCCAGAAAAUGUAUGUACAAAAAUA